AUGAUAAAGGAUAAAAUGGAUAGGAAAAGUGUAUUAAAAAAACGAGAGAAAGUAGUUGAAUUAAUAGAAAUCGACGGCAAGAAAGUUAGUAUAACGUCAACUGGUAAAAGAAAAUUUCAUAAUAAAUCAAAGAAUGGCUGUGAUAACUGCAAGAGGAGGAGGGUUAAAUGUGAUGAAGGGAAGCCCCUAUGUCGCAAAUGUGUUAACAUGAAGCUGGAUUGUGUCUACACACCCGCACAACCAAAAAAGAGAAGAGAAUCUACGGUAGUGAAAUAUGUUACGAGAAGAGCUGCCAGUGGUCAAGAAGAAAGGGUGCCCGCAAGCGAACUUGCCGAUCAUUCGAGUGACGAUUCUAGUUGUGAUAGUAGUCGUUCUGCUUCUAGGGCUCCAAACCCUACACCUGAAGAAAUCACACAGACAGAUUUGCAGGAGAGAAGGAUAUUUGAAGGAAUGCCAGCAAAGGCACCUCCGACUUCUACUCCACAGCAGCUUCCACAACCUCAGCAAUUACCACAGGUUCCGCAGCAGUUACUGCAGCGGCAGCAGACACAUAAGAAUAUAGGGUCUCCAGACAAGACGUUCUCCACGACAAACGGUUCUCGGGGUAUGCUUGAUGGACUACUAUUACCACCAUUAGGAUCUGAAAGUUCACAUUUGAAUCAGCAGCAGCAGCAGCAGCAGCUACAACAACAGCUACUUUUAUUGCCGCAGUUGAUGACACUGUCGAAUUCUGAAAAAUAUGCUGCUUUUGAAAUGCCAAAUAGUCCACCUUUGCAACCUGCUGGAAUGAAUAUUACCAAUAGUAUUGGUAGUAUAUUUUCUCCAAAUCGUUUCCAGCAACAGCAACAGCAACAACAACAACAGCAGCAGCAGCAGCAGCAGCAGCAGCAGCAGCAGCAGCCUCCUGCUCAACCGCCAACUCUGCCUUCAUUUCAAGCUGAAUCAAUUGCUCAACUCAACAAGGCAAGCAUCAAUUUAAAGGCAAUGGGUAUGUUUCCCACGGCGGGUAUUGGAGGUGUAACUUACGAUUUUCAAGAAUUACUGGGUAUCAAAUAUCCUGGUAAUUCUCAAGCUUCAAAGGCAUCUAAUGCUGAGGAAGCCCUGGCGAAUAUGCAAGAGCAACAAGAACAGGCAACUAAGGGCGACGGUGAUGGAAAUGGAAAUGAGGAGACAACUGCAAAUAAUGACAAUGAACAUAGUGCUGUGCACAUGCUUGCAACUCCAAGUUUACCGAAUAAUCCAACAAUUUCACCAGCUGCACCAAUAACUCCCAUGACGAAAACGUCGAUUAAUGCUGCGGCCGCCACAUCAUCUCCAUCGGUUACUGCUGUACCAGGUACAACUGCUACUCUAGCAGGAGCUGGUAGGACGGAUCAACAUCCUGCACAGGAACAGGUUUCUUCGCGUAAUGAUUCUAGUGAUGGAUACGUAGCUAACCUUUUACAGUUAUCUCGCGAAGGAAAUUUAAACUUGAUAGAUUUGAAAUUGUUCCAUCAUUAUUGCACAAAAGUCUGGCCAUCGAUUACGGCUGCAGGGAUUUCAGGUCGUGAAGUGUGGAGUACAGAGAUUCCUGAACUUGCAUUUGAACACCCAUUUUUAAUGCAUUCACUGCUGGCAUUUAGUGCGACACAUUUAUCACGUACAGAAUCAGGUUUGGAACCUUACGUUUCAUGCCACAGGUUGGACGCUCUUAGAUUGUUAAGGCAAGCCGUUCUACAAAUUUCUGAAGAUAAUACAGAUGCCCUAGUGGCAAGUGCGCUAAUCUUAAUAAUGGAUUCACUGGCAAAUGCAUCGAACCAAGGUACAACAAAUCCAAGUUCGAUGUCACCAUCAGCGUGGAUUUUCCAUGUUAAAGGUGCUGCUACAAUUUUAACGGCGGUUUGGCCACUAACUGAAAGAUCAAGAUUUUACAACUUAAUUUCUGUGGAUCUUAGCGAUUUAGGUGACGUUAUAAACCAGGAAUCGGCCACGAUUUCUGAAUUGGUUUGCUUUGACGAAAGUAUUGCUGAUCUUUAUCCGGUGGAAAUUGAUUCACCAUAUCUCAUCACAUUGGCCUACUUGGAUAAAUUACAAAGGGAAAAAAAUCAAUCGGAUUUCAUACUAAGGGUCUUUGCAUUUCCAGCACUGCUGGACAAGACCUUUUUAGCGCUACUUAUGACAGGUGACGCUGGUGCGAUGAGAAUUAUGAGAAGUUACUACAAAUUACUGAGAGGAUUUACUACAGAGAUGAAGGACAAGAUUUGGUUCUUGGAAGGUGUAUCUCAAGUGUUGCCACAAGAUGUCGAUGAGUACAGUGGUGGUGGUGGUAUGCACAUGAUGUUAGACUUCCUUGGUGGUGGAUUACCAUCAAUGACUACUACAAAUCUUUCGGAAUUUAUGUGA